AGCAAUAAUUUCUCCUUCUCUCUGGCUGCAUUCUUGCAGCCAUUGAGAAAUACUGUGCGAGCUGUGAUUUGUCACAGUCUUGUCACAUGGUACAAGGCUGUUGUGAAUAGCCUUGUACCAUGUGACCUCUGUGAUCAUUCACAAAUUUCACAAGUAGUAAGCAAUGUUGUCAGGAAGUGACAUCUUGCCAAUUCACCUGAUCACUGAUUGGCCAAUCACUGAUCACAUGAAUUGGGACCUCCCACAGAUGUCCAUCCAGACACAGCGGGCACCGGAUUGCGCACAGGCAGUAAACGGCCACCCGCU